AUGCGGGACAAGCUCCGAAAAGGGCCUCAGGGCCUCGGUGAAGGGGGCGCGGCCCCUGACGAAGGGGAGGCCAGCAGCCCUGCCAGCCCAGUCAGCAAGGCUGCGGCUGGCCCAGCAGGCUCGGUGCCCUCGGACCCCGCCCUCAGCCAGGCCCCAGGGGAUUCUGCCUUCAGCUCAGUGAGAACGUCCUUCGCCAGCUCGGCCUACCAGGAGGCCCUGGCCUCUGUGUGCACGCUCCCCAGAUGCCAGAUGGCUGAGUUAGUGUUUUCAGUUAUUUUCGGGAGAAGCUGGGAUCCGUUAGUGAUGUCUGCCUCGGGGGUGGGCGAGGAGAGUGGCGGCAAGCGCGCCGUGUCUUUGCCAGUUAUGAGCUGGUCGCAUUUGAAGGCCCCUUCUGGCUCCGACGGCUUAUGA